GAAAUAGAACUGAGAGAACAGGAUAGAUGGCUGCCUAUUGCUAAUGUUGCACGAUUGAUGAAGAACACCCUGCCAGCCACUGCUAAGGUCUCAAAAGAUGCUAAAGAAUGUAUGCAAGAGUGUGUUUCUGAAUUUAUAUCGUUCAUAACGAGUGAGUCAAGUGAUAAAUGUUUGUCAGAGAAGAGAAAAACAAUAAAUGGUGAAGACAUACUUUUUGCGAUGUCAAGUUUGGGUUUUGAAAACUACUCUGAAGUUUUAAAAAUUUAUCUUGCAAAGUAUAGGGAA